CAGUAUGUUUCACCACCUCCCAGCAGUUCCAGGAGGCUCAUGGAAUAGGUGAUCGUUCUAAGGAGCUAAGGGCGUGUCACUAAAGUAUGUCCGAUUGCGGUUCGCAAAGAUGCUUUGCGUUCUGAAACGGUCAAAUAAAUUUAUAGAGCGGUUUAGUAUGGUAUUUUGCCAAAACGAUUUUUGGUGACACGCCCUAAUCAACUCAGCAGGUGCAUGUUCCUGAUAAGGCGGCCUCCCACUGCGUUACCUUCUGACGCGCCAACGCCGUCGCAGAUGCGUCGUCAUGCGACGUGCCACUUGGCGACACAUCUGGACGGGCGUUUUUUCGCGUGACGGAUCUCCACCGUUGAUCAAUUCGUCGUUGAACCGAGCUUCCCACUCAAUCGCCCUAGUAGCCGCCUCGAGUCGUCAUCUCCAAAACACGUCGCCUCUUAAACUAAGGACGUUCCAGAAUAUCUUCGGGCCGCAUUCGCGAGAUUCGCGCUACCCGUUGGGAGUUGUCGAGCCGCCAGCCCGGAUCCACCUUUGUCAGACCCUAACUAGUCAGCUGCGUAUGCUGUCUAAUAGCAGCGGAAGCGACAACCGUGUUAGAAUCAGCAGCAGCAUCAGCAACGGCAACGACGGUAGCAAUGGGGCCAGCAUUGGCAGCGACAGCAGCGGCGUUGCGAAGGGCUGGUCGCAUCACAACAUGACGAUAUCCCGCGCCGCUGAUAUCCUCAUGGCUCCGCCAGUGAAACCAAAGCGCCUCGGGUUGGACUUCCACAUCUGGCAGGCAAUCGUUGCGUGCAUGCCUCCUCUAGCGGUGUAUCUGACAGUGCAGUAUGCCAAAGCAGAGAUCGACCGGAUGGAAAGGGAGCUUCAGACACAAGAGCCAUCUACAGUCAAGGAGAGUGAGAAGGCAAGCAACGAAGUCACACGGACAAAGGAGGCCACGUCAGCACAGACUGACAUCACGACAGGUCAUACUGACGUGGCAUCUGCUGACCUGGCAGCGCUGCAACAACAGCUGGCUGUGCUGGCCAAUCAAGUGCAGCAGCUGCAAGCAUUGGUGGGCGGGGAUGAGGGAGGGAGUGGUGGUGGUGGUGUUGGAGGGGGAGGGGGAGGAGGGGAAGGGGGAGUAGGAACGGGUGGAGGAGGGGGAGGAAGAGGAGUGGGAGUGGGGAAGGAGCCUACAGAGACAUCUCAAGAGCAGGUAGGAGCAGGAAUGGUGCCGAUGCCUGCAGUUUUGACUCGAGAGAGCGAUGUGUCAAGUUCUUUUAAGGCCCAUCACAUCCAUCGCACUGAAGGGAUAGCAGCAUUAGACACCCCAAAAGGAGGGGAAACGCAGGGAAUGAGCAGGGAGACUGCAGCUGGAAAGAACAAGGGGAGAUGAAACUGGGUGAGAGGAGUGGGAGCAGCAGUAGGAGUAAAUUUUGGGAUGAACGAGGUGCAUGUGAUUGUGGCACUAGUAAUUUUUUACACAUUUCUCACAGUUUUUACCCAAUGCCCGCAUAAGGAGCAAUUGUGCUGGCAUACCGUAUUCCCCCGGAUAAAGCACCCGCCGGAAUUAAUCACCCAUGGGUGGUUUGGGCGGACCUGGGUGCUUUAUUAAACUGGAUAUUCAUACCACCCUAGUUUUUGGCAUGAAUCCUAUACACCACCCCCCUGGUUCA